AUGACAGCCUUUAUGAUCAAGGAAGCUAUUGGGCUUCUUGCAGUCACCAUCGUCUUUUUUCAAUUGAGGAACUUUCUCCGGUGGCGAGCUCUAAAGAUAUGGGGUCAACAACAUGGUUGUCAAGAUCCAAAGAUUGUGCCCAAUAAAUUGCCAUGGGGACUUGAGAGAUAUUCCGUUCUUAUUACUGGCUUUGAUGGUAUCGACCCCCUCGAGGAUAUCAUACGCAAACGGUCAGAAAAGAUGGGCUGUCAUACGUAUCGUACUUUCAGCGCAUUCAAUAGCAGCGUCGUCGGUACUUCGGAGCCGGAGAAUAUCCAAGCCGUUCUUGCAACAAAGUUUCAUGAUUUCGAUAUAGGAAUUGCGAGACAGAAGAAUUUCUUUGAUAUGCUUGGAAACGGUAUCUUUACGGCAGAGGGAGAAAGAUGGUCGCACUAUCGACACCAGCUCAGACCUCAAUUCACGCGUGACCAAGUCAGCGACUUAGAUUCCGCCGAGAAACACUUCCAAGUUCUCCUCAAGACACUGCCCGAAGAAAAUGCGCUGGGGUGGAUCGAAGGAAUCGAUAUUAUGCCGUUCAUAUAUCGAUUCACGAUGGACGUCAGCACCGAAUUUCUUUUCGGUCAGUCCGUGAAUAGCCAGUCUAACACUCUAAAUGCUCUCGAUUCGGGGAAUAGAAAGGACCUCAAAGAAGACAUGGAUUUCGCCGAAGCUAUGGACGAAGCUCAGAAAACCAUCCUUUUCCGGAUUCAGAUGAAGUCUUUUUAUUGGCUGUAUUCGCCCAAGAAAUUCAAAAAGGCAUGUGAGAUAGUCAAAAGUUUUGGGGAUCGUUUCGUCCGCGUAGCACUAGAUCCGGACUAUAAGCGUGCGCCUGUGCUGCCCGGUCAGAAGCCAAAGUUCGUUCUGCUCGAAGAACUGAUUGAAGAGACAAGGGACCCCGUCGAACUGCGAGACCAGAUUCUCCACCUUCUGUUGGCUGGCCGAGACACCACAUCCGCCCUAAUAUCCUGGACAAUUGCUCUGCUCUCACGCCACCCAGAAGCGUUUGAUCGGCUACGCCGAAGUAUAAUUGAGCACUUUGGUACUGAGAUACAGCCUACGAAUGAAUUGACCUUCACAUCGCUUAAAGGCUGCAAAGAGCUCACAUAUGUGCUGCAUGAGACACUUCGACUAUAUCCCAUCGUACCAAUAAAUGGAAGGAAAGCAGUUCGAGAUACGUUUCUCCCUACCGGCGGGGGCCCAGAUGGCAAGAGCCCCGUUGCAAUUAGGAAAGGGGAAACUGUGGGGUACCAUACCUAUGUAAUGCAGCGCCGAAAAGAUAUCUGGGGAGAAAACGCGGAUGAGUUCCAUCCUACGAGGUGGGAAGGCAGGAAGCUUGGCUGGGAGAUGAUUCCAUUCUCUGGUGGGCCACGAGUCUGCAUUGGCCAACAAUAUGCGCUGAAUGAGGCAUCGUUCGUGAUUGUGAAGAUGCUACAGCGGUAUGAUAAGAUCGAAGCUUUGGAUAUGACCGCACCCCUUAAAAAGUCGCUGUCAUUGACCCUUGCGCCUGGGAAUGGGGUCAAAGUCAAGUUGCAUAAGGCUGCUUCAUAG